GAUGGGGAAGAAGUGAAGGAAGGAGAAGAAGUUAAGGAAGAAGAAGAAGUUUUAGAUGGAGAAGUAGUUAAGGGUAAAGAAGAAAGUAUGGAUGGGGAAGAAGUUUGGGAUGGAGAAGAAGUUAAGGAGGGAGAAAUGAUUAUGGAUGGAGAAGAAGUUAAGGAAGGAGAAGAAAUUAGGGAUGACGAAGAAAGUAAGAAUGGAAAAGAUGUUAAGGAAGAAGGAGAAGAAAUUAAGGAAGGAGAAGAAGUUAGGGAAAGAGAAGAGGUUUGGGAUGGAGAAGAAGUUAAGGAUGGAGAAGAAGUUUGGGAUGAAGGAGAAGUUUGGAAUGGAGGAGAAGAAUCGAAGUAUGGAGAAGAAAUUAAGGAAGAAGAAGUUUAG